CAGCUAACACCGUCGAGUGCCACGAAUGCGAUGGAUCGUUCUGCAGAGGAUGAAUACAACGUCUGCCAUCCACAGACAUUCCAGCACAGAGCACCUUGGAUUCUAUUCUAGCACCAACUUACGACUCCUGAAGAGCUGCCGGCAGCAAGGUGGUAGACCCAUCAUCUCGUUCCAUCAUACAGCAUGUCUCUACUCAUCCUUCCAAACGAACUUCUCUUCCACAUAGCGGGACUAUUAAGACAUCAGGGACAAGUCUACGCUAUGGCCCGAUCCUACCGACGCUUACACUACCUCCUUCGGAAGUAUUUGCUGCAACACAACGUUCGAUACUCAAAUGGGAGUGCUUUGAUAUGGGCUGCAAAAAUGGAUCGCAGGAACCUGGUGCGGCGACUCCUUCGGUUGGGAGCGAAAGUGGAUACUCAUGGAAAGCCUCUACGCCGCGGGACACCUCUACAUGCUGCUGCUGCGGCGGGACAUCUUGGCAUGGUGGAGCUUCUCAUCAAGAAGGGAGGGAAUGUUGAGGUGUGUGGAGCUAAGGGAUACAAGCCUCUCCUUCUGGCGCUAUUGACAAGGCAUGAGGAGAUCGCCAUCUUUCUCUUUAACAAAAUGAGUGACCCUGACAGCCCGAUUGCGGGCGAGGCCGGCUAUACCUCUUUGCACGCAGCUUGCCUUCGACAAUUGCCAAAGUCUGCGCGUGUGUUCCUCGAGUCUGGCGCAGAUGUUCAUGCUAGGACAUCGAAAGGCAGCACACCACUGCACCUCGCUCUCAAGCCGGAAGCUUCGGACAGGUCGAACGACACCAUUCGGAGCUGCACGCUGGAGCUAGUCAUGCUCCUCCUGGAAUUUGGGUCCCAUAAAGAUACAAAGGCAUACAGUCUUAGCCUACAGCAUCCCGACCCGCAAGUGCGAGACAUUUUUCAAGAGCAUAAGAGCUUGUCUCCUCGUGAGGCUUGUUUUAUCAGUAUUGGCCGCUGCUGGUCGGUGGAAGUCAGCUCUAAUGCCGACUGUAUCUUCUCGCCAAUGCUAGCUAGUUCGAGUCGUCCAUGGGUUGAACAGCCAGCUGACACGAGCGGAGAAGAGGAUUUCCUCACCACUGUAGCUGAAAAUAUGCUUGACGACGAGGUGUUUCCAGUGCUCGACCCUUCACGAUCAUUGCCAGAACAGCAACCAUCGGCCAGCGCAUGGGAUCCCUCAAAAGUGAAGAUAAUCAGAGAAACCUUGCCAGUGAUUGAGAGCACCAAAGCAGAAAUAUCAUCCACGAGUCUCCCGGUCGAGCCGUUCCCAAAGCUCAUCGGUCGCAAGUCUCCACAUCCUCUCGAUACCGCCGCGCAAUUAUCAUGGAGGGAUUUGAGGAAUCCAAGGACGCAACUUGAGAUUGAAGAAGCAUGUACUAUUUACAAAGGCAAGAUACAAGAAUCAAAGUCGCAAGCUGGACAAGCUCCAAGGAAGAAGAGAUGGCGGCCGCUUCAGUUAAGCUAGGUGCAUGCUCGUCCACAACCCUGGUAGCGGCCCGUUCUUCCUGCUGGCGGUUGAGGAUUAUAGCAACUUGGGCAUGAAGGAGGGGUUAUGAGUGGGUAGGGCAAUGCGAAAAACAAGUAACCCGGGGAGUAAAUCCUUGAUGCUGCCUCGCAACUAGUAUUUUUUGUGCUAUUAACAGGAUCUCUCAAUAACUUAUAAUGCUUGUUGUCGUAGUUCUCUACUUCGAUGUGGAUCUUUUUGAGAAUCUCUCGUUAAUUAUUAC